AUUCAAAUUUAAGCACCUUGGGGUGUGGCAACGCGGUCAAUUAAGGCUUCAGCGGCAAUCGGCCGGGCCAUGGCGGGAAAUCGGGCUGCACAUCGCUGACAUGCCGCUGUAUCGGGGAGAUGCAUACAGUAUUGAGACACACACUCAUACGCACACUUGUUCUUACCUCCGUGACGCUCCUUACACCUCGCUUUACCAAAACGUAUUUGAGUUGACCAAAUAUGAGCGGCUUUGAUGGCGGUCGGGUGUAUGUGAGCUACCAGGGGCAAGAGGCGCCUCGGGACCCAAUUGAAGAUGGCCCCGGUCUGCCUGACCGCGACAUCGUGGAAGGCUUUAAGCAGUUCAUCCAAUCAUAUCAAAUUGGAACAACCAGGGAUGUGCAGGAGCGGCGACUCUACGCCGAUGACCUUUAUGAGCACCGCUCACACUUGCACGUGGACCUGAAGGAUGUGCGCGCCGCGGCGCCCAAGCUGGCGGACGCGCUGGAGGAGCGGCCGUCGGAUGUGCUGCCACUGUUUGAGGAGGCUGCCCGCAAGGUGCUUCAAGACAAAAUGGCCUCGGACGAGGACGGCAACCCCGCGGACGUGCCGGAGGUGCAGGUCCUGCUGUACAGCUCCAUCCCGCUGGCCCAGUCCGCCGCCAUGUCCAUCCGCGACCUGGAGUCCAGCCGUGUGUCCAAGCUGGUGCUGCUCACAGGCAUCAUCACGGCCUCGUCCAAGCCCAGGCACAAGGCCACCUACCUGACGGUGCAGUGCAAGACCUGCCGCGGCACCAAGCGCGUGGCCUGCAGCGACGGCAUGGGCGGCGCCUACGUGCCAAGCUACUGCGACCUGGCCAACAGGCGUGCGCCGGGCGCCGGCGGCGAGGACUGCGGCCAGAACCCCUACGUCAUCCUGCCCGAGCAGAGCGACUUCGUGGAUCAGCAGACGCUCAAGCUGCAGGAGAAGCCCGAGGACGUGCCCACCGGCGAGCUGCCGCGCACGGUGAUGCUGGUGGCAGACCGCCAGAACUGCGGCGUGGUGACGCCCGGCACACGUGUCACCAUUACCGGCAUCUACUCAACCUUCAGGGGCAAGGCCAUGGACAAGGGCGUGACCACCCUGCAGCAGCCCUACAUCCGGGUGGUGUCGGUCAUGCAGGAGGCGGGAGACGCCCACAGCCGCUUCAAGUUCACCAAGGAGGAGAUCCAGCAGUUUGAGCAGUUCGCCAAGCAGGACGGGCUGCACGAGGAGCUGUUCGCGCGCAUCGCGCCCAACAUCUACGGCAGCGACGACAUCAAGAAGGCCGUGGCCUGCCUGCUGUUUGGCGGCGCGCGUAAGCAACUGCCCGACGGCACGAACCGCCGCGGCGACAUCAACGUGCUGCUGCUGGGUGACCCCUCCACCGCCAAGUCGCAGUUCCUCAAGUACGUCUCCCGCGUGGCGCCCAUCGCGGUGUACACCAGCGGCAAGGGCUCGUCGGCGGCCGGUCUGACCGCCACCGUGGUGCAGGACGCCAACAGCCGCGAAUUCUACCUGGAGGGCGGUGCCAUGGUGCUGGCGGACAACGGCGUGGUGUGCAUCGAUGAGUUUGACAAGAUGAGGCCGGAGGACCGAGUGGCCAUCCACGAGGCCAUGGAGCAGCAGACCAUCUCCAUCGCCAAGGCCGGCAUCACCACCAUGCUGCGCAGCCGCACCUCGGUGCUGGCCGCCGCCAACCCGCCCUCGGGCCGCUACGACGACCUGAAGACGGCGCAGGAGAACAUCGACCUGCAGUCCACCAUUCUGUCGCGCUUCGACCUCAUCUUCAUCGUCAAGGACACUCGAGAGCACGACAUGGCCAUCGCCAAGCACGUGCUGGACAACCACCGCCUGGGCGCCGCAGCCGCGGCCAGCGCGGCCGGCGGCAAGGCCGGCGGCCACGGCGCCGGCGACGGCGACAAGGGCGGCGAGGCUGCUGACGUGGAGUUCCUGAAGCGCUACAUCCACUACUGCCGCAGCCAGUGCAGCCCGCGCCUGAACGAGGAGGCCAGCAAGCGCCUGGCGGCCUUCUACGUGGAGAUCCGCAACGAGGCCCGCACACAAGCCGACGCCAACGACUCGGACACGCCGCCGGUGCCCAUCACCGUGCGCCAGCUGGAGGCGGUGGUGCGCAUCAGCGAGUCGCUGGCCAAGAUGAGCCUGCAACCGGUGGCCACGCUGGAGCACGUCACGCGCGCCAUCGAGCUGUUCACAAAGUCCACCAUGGAUGCCGUCAAGUCCGGCCUCACGCAGGGCGAGAUGGGCGGCGAGCAGCAGCUGGGCCACGUGCGGCGGCUGGAGGAGCGCAUCAAGCGGCGGCUGCACAUCGGCGCCUUCAUGACCACCCGCCGCCUGCUGGACGAGAUGGUGGCGCUGGGCGAGCCCGAGAGCCUGGUGCACCGCGUACUGCUGGCGCUGGCGGCCGGCGGCGACAUCAACCUCACGCGCGAGCGCACCAUGGUCAGCCGCGUGCGGUAGCGUGGAGCCGUGGGAGCGCGAGCGGCGUGGCGUGGCGUGGUGUGCGUGCGGGGGAUGAAGGGGGCCUCGAUGGACUGGCGAGAGAGGGGGAUUGCUUGGUGUGCUGUGAGGUGGACGGGCGGGCGUGAUGGUGUUGAGGUGGGUGUUGAGGAGGGUGUGGUGGCGGGUAGGUGAGGAGGAGGGGAACCGAAGUAGCAGACGCAUGGGCGGCCUGCGCAAAGUGGGGCCUGCUCGAAUGCCGCGGAUUAGCAGGAAGUGCAGCAGUGGGGCGCGCCAACGCGCGCCCGCAGGCAAGCCGCAACCGGCGCCCACGAUAGCAGAUAUGUGUGCAUCCGUGGUGCAGGCGUUGCUGGAUGGAUGUGUCAAGCAAGCGCUUGACAACAACGCGCGCAGUGUAGAGGUGAUGAGGAGGCUGUUUGUACGGUGCGGAGGCCGAGCUAGGCCGAGCGUCCAGGCCGUGUUCACAAACAGUGCGGCUGCAUGGGAUGAGUGUGGCGGGGACGCCGGGACGGCCAGGUGGUAUCUCUGUGAAUGGCAAACGCGCAGCGGCCAUCGCCGUUAUUCGUAUGUUACAUGAUGUGCCAUUACUGGGCACCUCCGGUGAGUGGUCGGCGUCCAAGCCACAAGUCUCAAUGGCAAUGCUCGUCUCCGCCUGUUGCGGUGUUGCCCGAAUGCACACGUCAAGGAAGGGGUGAAUGCAACUCUGGUACGGCGCAAAGUCAUUCGCUCCGCGCCCAGUGAUUUGUCAGAUUCAGCACACAGCACUAGCGUCCGCGUCCGUUGACGGCCAGAAGCAUGUCAGGUUCUGUCAAGCCCGCCCGGUCAUCCAUACCAAGCAUCACUCAGACUAGUCAGUCAUCCGUUAUCAAAAUGGAAGCGGUCCUUGAGCUGUCAAACUCUGCCCCACGUCAAGUCACGUGAAGUCCACACAUCGUCAGUCCACGUCGUUAACUCGUCAUUGCACAUCUUCUUUACGUUUCGUCGUUUCUUAUCCCGCCAUCUGCACGUCCCCGCCGCCGCCCGCGCCGCCGCCGCCUUCCGCUUCCGUGACCACCUCCACCUGCAUCGCCGUCGUGCCGCCA